UGGUACAUAAUUCAAAAUGGCUGCUGCUCUCGUGAGGCAGUAUGCUAGUUGUCGCGGUUUAUGGCAACAAAGCAAGUGUAUAAACAAGGUAUUUUGCUUCGAAAACCUGAAAUAUGCAUCUGCGUACUCAACAAAGGUAGAACGACAGAUGAGAAGGCAGGAAUUGAUAACAGAAUUCAAAAAGGGUUCAUACUUUGCAGACAUCAGAGAAUACCAAAGAACAGGAGGAAAGCGAUUUUCUGCACCAGAAAACUUAGUACCUGCGGAGAAUGCUGUGGUUUUCCCAGCAUUUUCUGCGACUGCCCUGUCGGGAAGAUCUGUCAACCUGGAGGAAGAGUUCAAAGAUAAUGUGACGCUUCUUCUAAUCGCUAUGAGAAGCAUAGCCCAGCCAAUGUGUGAUCAGUACCGCAAAGCAUUUCAAGAGGAAUUUCAUGGAAUUAAAGGUGCAAAUUAUUUCGAGGUAAACGUUGUGGAAUACUGGUUUUAUGGCUUAUUUAGAGGAUUCAUAUCACGAGCAUUAAAGAACGCAAUACCGAAGGACAGGCAUGAUAAUUUCCUUUGCCUUUAUAGCUCAUUAAAGAAGUUGAGAAGUAGGGAACUCCUUGGAAAUAUUGUAGUUGGACAUGCAUUUCUAAUCGAUAGAAAUGGUCUUGUAAGAUGGAAGGCAUGUGCUGAACCCACUGGUGAUGAAUUAGUGUCCUUAUCAAAAUGUACUAAACAGCUGCUACUGUAGAAUUUGCCUACGUUAGAGUAGAUUACUAUUCUAAAAAACUGCGCUAGACUUCCUUCCAUAGAAUAUGUAUAUUAAAGAUUUUCAUUCCUUUUCAUUCAUUUUGAGAAAUAAAGUUUGCAACACAUGCAUCUCUUUUGCUGUGCUCAGAUCAGUUGUGCUGUGCGCCAUUGGACAGGGCAAAGGCUCUUACAGCUGCACUGUUCAUUUCCGUAUUAGUGAAAUAUAUAAGGUCCUCCUUUGCAACAGUUAACUGUAAGGUAAGAGAUUACAGCCGUCGAUUGCAAAUGACAAAGGCAGACCUUUAGGGUC